UAUGCGCUUUUUUUUUUCCUGUGUCCUUUAUUUGCCAAAUUUUGCAUGCAAGUGAUUCGGUUAAAGGUAAAGUGAUAAAUACAAGAAUCAUGCAAAUCUUGUUGACUUGAGAAGGGCAUUAAGUACUGCUAUAUCCUUAAUGGAAUAGUGACAAAUAUAAAGUACUUUCAUAAUUAAAUGUAAUGGAUUUUGGGGUAUUUAUUCUUGAUUCCUUUCUUCUUAUCUGUUAUUAAUUUCCACAGAUCAAAACCCACCAAGUUCUAUGUAAAUUCCCAUCCUUUAAGCUUCCCAAUUCACAUUGGCUUAUCUGAGAAACCUCAAGUUUAAUCAUUCAUGGCGCUUCAAAUGAGUUUGAAUGUCGAGGAGCACAUGGACUGGAAAGGGCAGAAGGCAAAUCCUAGAAAGCAUGGUGGAGCAAAAGCUGCUAGCAUCACUUGUGUUGUUGAAGUGUUAGAGAACUUGGUUUUCUUAUCAAAUGCUACAAACUUUGUUGCUUACUUUAUAAAGUCAAUGCAUUACCCAACUGCUGAAGCUGCAAAUAUGGUCACUAAUUUCCUGGGAACCUCAUUUCUGCUAACUAUUUUUGGAGGAUUUAUAUGCGAUUCUUUCUUCACAAGAUUCAAGACUUUCAUAAUCUUUUGUGCAAUAGAGCUUCUGGGACUAAUACUAUUAACAUUUCAAGCACUGUAUCAUCCAUUACAACCGGAAAUAAACAGAAGGCCUUCUCUUUAUCAAGCUGCAAUUCUUUAUACUGGGCUCUACGCAAUUGCCAUAGGAGUUGGUGGAGUGAAAGCCUCGUUGCCUGCGCAUGGAGCUGAUCAGCUUGACCGUGGCAACCAGCGGUCACUUUCUGCAUUCUUUAAUUGGUUCUUCUUUUCUCUAUGUACUGGAGGCCUCAUUGCCUCGACUGUUAUGAUUUGGAUUGAGGAGAACAGAGGUUGGAAUUGGAGUUUUCUGAUUUCUAUUGUCGCUUUGAGCAUUGCACUUUGUAUUUUUGCAAUUGGGUUUCCAAUUUAUAGGUAUAAGCAUCCUAAAGGAAGUGCAAUAACAAGAAUCUUUAAGGUAAGAGUACAAUUACUACAUGAUUGCAGGUUCUUAGACAAAGCACUAUUAGAUGACACAAUAAGUGCAGCAGAUGUAGAGGAAACAAAGACAUUUCUAGGCCUACUUCCAAUAUUUGCAAGCACAAUCAUGAUGAACUGCUGCCUAGCUCAGUUACACACAUUUUCAGUGCAACAAGGAAGCAUAAUGAACAGAAAAUUAAAAGAUUUCCAAAUCCCAACUCAAUCAAUGACAGUGUUCCCCCUAAUAAUCAUGCUAGCAAGCAUAACUUUAUAUGAACAUUACCUAAACACAUUAAAGAAGAAAGUUUCAACAGCCUAUUACAUUUUCCAUCCACUUAAAAGAAUCGGACUAGGGCUAGCACUAGCAUCAGGAGCCAUGGUUGUGGCUGCUAUGGUCGAGGCGAAAAGACAAAAAGCCGCAGAAAGAAAUGAGGCUACAAUUUCUGUGUUUUGGUUAGGGUGGCAAUAUCUUUUGCUAGGAGUUUCUGAUAUGCUGACUCUUGGUGGAAUGCUUGAAUUUUUUUAUUCACAAGCACCAGAUAAUAUGAGAAGUAUAUGUACUGCACUGUCUUGGUGCUCUACUUCAAUGGGUUACUUUCUUAGUUCAGUGCUAGUGUCCGUGACCAAUUUUAUUACUGGGAAAUUUGGUCAUCAAUGGCUUGGUGGACAUGACUUGAAUCAUACCCAUUUGGAUUUUUUCUAUACCAUUCUAAGUGUUCUUAAUUUCUUGAAUUUUCUUAAUUUUAUUUACUGGGCUAGGAGGUACUAG